AUGGAGCCGGCGGAUGUGCAGUUGGGCUCUCUUUGUCUGGUUUCAACAACCGCAGAUUUGGAGCUUCAACUAAACAGCUGCGCUGAAGUCGCCGCCAAUGACACGACCUUCACAAUCGAAGAGUUGUUGAGCAAGGCGAUGAGUUAUGAAGCAGCGAACAGACCAUGGAUCAUGCCAGGCGAAACGUUCAAGCUGCAUGUCAAUCUCGAUAUAGAUGUUCUUGGCAUGAACACUCACGGUCUCAUACAGACCUUCGCUCAGAAGUUGUACGACUCAAAGAUGUGGCUUGAGCUCUGCCUGAAACCCAUUUCAAUGACGCUGUCCAAUGACCGGAAUGUCACAUUGCGAAUCUCACGCACGCACGAUGAUGUAGCGGUGUCAGGCCGGCCUCCGGUUCACAAACUCUCAGACAACCUCUCGUGUGGUGCAMUAUCAGUGCACCCCGAUGUGCCCACUCUUCAGCUCAACAGCGUACACUUCGCCUUCCGAAUCAACCAGAGACAAAGCUCAAAACGAUGUACGUCGAAGUCGUUCGAGAGCGACCAGUGUGGGCCUAUCGAUCCUGAUAUGUUGGCAACUCGUAGCCAGACACAUUUCGACGAACCGCUUGUGGGUGAUCUGCGAGUGGCCACGCGCAGCUUUGAAAUGUCCCAAGCAGUCAGGUCCGAACAGUAUAACCCGGAGAACUCAUGUGGUGCGCCUGGACUUGUUCCGAAAUACUGGCCAUGCUCACAGAAGGACAUUCUUGAUCUUCUAGACGCAGGAAUCUUAAAUGCCAUCACUGCAGAUCCGAAGCGCUCAGCACGAGGAAUCCGUCUCAACGAGAGUCAGUCGCUGAAGCAUCUGGUCGAUUUUGCCCCUUCUAUCUGGUGUCCAGGCUACUUCACGGCUGUGUCAAGCAGAUCUUUGCUGAUGCCAACGAUCAGCCACGCGUUGAGCCAAGUCGGCGUGGGGAGUGCUCGAAGCGGUACGCUGAGGGCUAAAUUUGCAGAGAUCGCCCGCAGAGCUAGACAUCCCUCGUCCAUCAGCAGCUCAAGUCCUAAUUACGUGGCCUCACGCGAUUCAAAAUCCGCGCAAUCGUGCAUGGAGUUACGACUCUGGCAAGUAGCGCAGGAUGCGCUGCAAGAAGACCAUUGUGCGAACCGACUGGAGGUUCUCGUGCGCGAACCAGAUCCAUCGCUGGAUUCUGAUCAGCAUGAUGUACUGGAUAUCGAUUUCAUUCUCGCGAGCAAUGAAGAAUGCAUCAACCACGAAUCAGAUGGUAGCAUGAUCGGGCUUGAAGACUCGGGUUACACUGCGGAAGAUGAACUGCUCUCUAUUUGCGCAAGCUCUCGAUCAUGCUCACCGCAUGAUUCGAUCGAUAUUUCCCGAGAAAUGGAUCAGGAAAUGCUGUGCAUAUGA